AUGGGCCUCGUGCACGAGCACACGAAGGACCUGAAAAUGGCGCCGGACAAGUCCAAGUCCUACGCGGACCCCUACCUCUACAUGAAGACGGUCACGCUCUGGGACCCGACGAAGUGGAAUCCGUCGACAAAGGCCGCCGCGCCGCCGAAGCCGCCCGGCGACGCCCGGGCCUGCGUCGACGACACGCCGUCGCUGAACGGCGCGAAGCAGGGCAGCAAAAGAAAGCGAAAUUCCCAACUUCAAAGGCUCAUAUCUCGGCCGUUUUCCACUCGCGCGAAGCACCACUACCGGCGGUCGCCCGUCUUCCUACAGCGGGCCGGCGACCGCGUGCUCACCUUCCCCAACGACCGCUGCGUCAAGUGCCACGCGUCCUUCGGCGACUCGUGCCUGUCGGCGCAGGUCUCGUGCCCGACGGCGCCGGGGCUGCCCAUCGUCGAGCGGCUGUGGGCGCGGUCGAAGAACUGCGAGGGCGCGCCGACGCGCGUGGCGACGGUCGCGCCCGGCGACUACGUCUGCCCCGGCGCGUCCUGGUGGGACCCGGAGCACCUCGACCUGGACCGGUUCGUGCCCAAGAUGCUCCGCGACUUCCCGCACGUCUUCGGGAAAGAGGGCGAGGAGGCGCACGCGAAGGCCGCGGUGGACGCCUACCGGUCCAUGCUGCGGCUCGUGCAGCUCCAGCCGGAGCUGCCCGUCGUUCCCUCGAAGCAGGUCGACGCCGCCUGGCACUCCCACAUCUUGGACACGGAGGCGUACGCGCGGGACACGCUGCGGCUCUUCGGCACGUACCUCCACCACGCGCCGUCCUUCGGCGGCGCCGAGGAGCAGCGGGAGCUCGUGGCGCAGCGCGACGCCAUGUUCCGCCGGCUCGAGGAGGCGACGGGGCGGGACCCGCGGAAGGACCGCGCGUGGACCGCGGGGGGCGGCCUCGCGGAGUGGCCCGACUUCGCGGACCAGAAGUCGCCGGACUGCUGCAGCGCCAUGUGCGUCAAGGCCGACUGCGCGGGCUGCGUCGGCUGCAACGCCAUCGACUGCGGCUUCCUGGGGGACGCGAACGGCAACUCGCCCGGCGCGAGGAUCCAGCAGCUCUCGCCCUCGCAGCUCGCGGGCUACGUGCCCGCGUCGGCCGAGCUCCUCGGCGCCUACGACGCGAACGCCCCGGCCUCCUACAAAUGUGCUUCAGCCCCCCACGCGUCCAUGGAGCUCCAGUGGACCAUCGUCGGCGACGAGAUCUACUUCAAGCACGACUUCAAGAAGGAGGCGUGGUACGGCGUCGGCCUCGCGAACACGUCGACGCACGACAUGGGCGACGGCGUCGACUACAUGGUCACCAUGGUCAAGGGCGGCAACUACACGGACUACGUCCGCGACAUGUACAAGUGGGACGCGGGCAACGGCUGGCCGUGCUGGGACGUGCUCUGGGAGUGCUCCCCGGGCAACGGCACGCAGGGCACGCCCGACUUCAAGGACGUCCAGGUCGACCGGGAAAACGGCUACGCGUCGUCGUCCUGGAACCGCAAGCUCGCCACGGGCGACGGCAAGGACUGGGUCAUCGCGGACGAGUUCACGCGCGUGCUCUACGCGUUCGGCGUCGAGGACGACUUCACGUACCACGCCCAGAACUUCGGCGAGUGCGUCCUCAACUUCUUCUCCGGCGCCGAGUCGGCGUCCACCCUCGACGGCGCAGUCGCCUUAGAGCGGACCCACCCGCCGCCCGCGCGCCCCGCGGCGAUGAGCGAGGACUUCCGCACGGCGGGCUCCCCGCUCUGCGGCGCGGCGCUCAUCCGCACGAUCCUCCACGCCGACGGGACCAUCGCGUCGUCGUCGAACGCGACGGUCGUCGGCUGGCUCGACGCGUCCGAGUCGGAGUUCUUCAACGACCGCGACGAGCCCGCGGCGCUGUUCCGCAUCCGCUACCUCGACGGCGAGCUCGCCGGCGACGAGGAGGAUCUGGAGGAGCACGAGGUGCGGUCGUCGAUUCCGCUCGCGGCGCGCGUCGGCGCGCUCGCGGACCCCUCCGGGGGCCCCGCGGGCGUCGCCGCCGUCGCCGCGAAGCGCGCGGCGCGCAAGCCCCCGCCGCCGAAGAAGCCCGCGAAGAAGCCCGCGAAGAAGAAGAUGCGCGCGGCCGCGCCGCCGCCGCCGAAGCCCAAACGGCCCGCGCCGCCCGCGGACCACGCCGCGCUCGUGACCGUGCCGCGGCGCGCGGCGGCCCAGGCGGCCAUGAACCGCGGCUUCUGCGAGGCGGCGCCGGGCUCGACGAAGUCGCGCGACGACGGCGCGCGCGUCGCGCUCGCGCGGCGCGCGCUGAGCGAGUUGUGCGUCGAGACGGGCGCGUCGCGCGCGAAGGCGCGCGACAUCGCCAAGAAGUGCCGCGAGCUCGCCGGGCGCCUGAGCCGCGGCGACGUCCUCGGGUUGGACGCCGACGGCGACGACGACGACUACGACGAGGAUUUGGAGGACGUGAAUUUAAGCGCGGCGCUCGUGGAAGCGGCGCUCAAGCAGCUCGUCGACGACGGCGAGGUCUACGAGAGCGGGUCGGGCUACGCGCCGCGCCUCGCCGGCGACGACGGCGGCGCCUGGCAGAGCGACGCCUCCGGCGACGAGAAGCCCGCGGCCUUCGUGCCCAAGAAGCCGCCGGGCUACGACGCCGCGGUCGCGUCCGACGCGAAGCACGCGAGGCCCUACGCGCCCUGGCGGCCCCCGCGGCGCGGCGUGCGCUGCCUGCCGCCGGACAAGUCGCCGGAGAAGAAGCCGAAGCAGGCGGGCGACGAGGACGCCGACUCCCAGGCGGAUUUGGAGAGCCAGGCGGUGUCGGAGGAGGACGCGGAGAAGGCCGCGAUGAUCGCGGACGCGUGCUUCACGGCGGCGUCGGCGGCCCUCGACGAUCUGCGGGGCGACCUCAAGCAGCCGCGGUCCGCCUUCGCGCUCUUCAAGCACGACCACACGAAGGACGCCGUCGCGGCCACGAUGGACGGCCACUCGCUCAACGACGAUCCCGCGCCCGGCUGGUACCGCGAGCUCGUGCCGCGGCGGUCGGGCGACAAGGUCGACGCCUACUACUACCCGCCCGACGGCACGCAGUUGCGGAGCCGGCCCGACGUGCGGCGCUACUUCGAGGGGAACCCCGACGCCGUCAAGGUCGGCGACGUCGUGUUGGACACGUCCCAGUUCCAGUUCGCCUACUCCAAGUGCCCCGCCGAGGAGCUGCGCAAGUGCAAGCCUUUGAACCGCGGCGCCAUCACGGCGGAGCUCCACCGCCGCUGGGAGGCGCUCGAGGCCUCGGAGCGCGACGGCUACGCGACGAAAGCCGUCGAAGAAAAAGCCCGCCUCGACGAGGAGCGCAAGCGCGCGGCCAAGACCGUGCGCGACCGCGCCGUCGAGGCCGCGGAGCAGCUCGGCGCGAGCCGCCGCGACGCGCGUUUGGCCGCGGCGCGCGCGGCGCGGUCGCUCUUCGUCGACUUGGACUGGUCGACCUUGGUCUCCGGCGACUCGCCGGUGAAGCGGCCCAAGAUCGAGGCGCCCGCCGACGGCGACGACGGCGCGGCGCCCGUGAUGACGCCCAAGUCGCCGGGGGCGCGGUCCAUCAUCGAGCAGCUCGAGAACGAGGCGCCGCCGCUGAAUUUGGGCGCGACGGGCGCGGCCCGGCCGCGCCGCGCGGCGACGCAGGGCGUGCGCAAGUCCUACAAGGAGAAGCCGUCGACGGCGGCGGAUGUUGUGGCUUGGGCCCUGGAGACGGGCGAGGACUCGGGCGCGAACCAGGAGGGCGAGCAGCGCGCGCUGGGGGUCGACUGGCCGGAGCUCUGCUCCGCGGUCGCGAUCAACGAGCGCGCCAAGAAGCUCGACGCCAAGUGCACGGCCUUCAAGGACGCGCCCUACCGCGCGACGCGCGACGGCCUGGCGUCGCUGCUGCGCUCGGGCAAGGCGCGGCGCGCGUGGGCCGACCUGUCGGCCGACGUCGCCGCGGCGGACUUCGAGGAUCCCGAAAUCCCCGCGGUCGCGCGCCACGGCCGCGCGGAGGCGGGCCUGCGGGCCCUGGUGCUCGCGAAGCUCAGCCCGCCGGACCUGCGGGCGCCCCUCGACGGCCCGCCGGCCGCGGGCUGGCGCGACGACCACGACUGGGUCGGGCGGCCCGUCGUCCACGACGCCGCCGUGGGCCGCGUCGUCGCCUACGGCGGCGCCGACGGCCGCUGGCGCUGCGACUUCGACGACGACGGCGGCCGCGAGACGAACGCGGGGCGGUUCCUCUCCGCGCGGGAGUGCUUCAAGGGCGUGGCCGCCGCGGCGCCGUGCGUCGCGUUCCCGGAGUUGGACCGCGACCGUUUGAUCCACGAGCUCGUCAUGAUCUACUGGCCCAUGGACAAGCUCUUCUACGAGGGCGCCAUCGUCGCCGCGAAGCAGCGCGACCGGCUGUUCGACGAGGCGCCGCCCGCGGGCGCGCACUCGCUGGCUUCGGAGCAUUUGGUGCUCUACGACGACGGCUCGUCCGAGUGGCUCGACCUAUCGACGGAGCGCGUGCGCUACGUCGAAGCCUCGAAAGCCGCCCGCGAGGCCGGCGACGCCAUCCAGCAAUUGGUCGCCGAGGACUACUUCCAGUGGUUCAUCUCGCCCGUCGAUUCCGAGGCGUUGGGUCUGGUCGACUACCACGAGGUCGUCAAGCAGCCCAUGGACCUCGGCACCGUCGACGACCGCAUCGCCCGGGGCUUCUACGACGACGCCUCGGACGACGACGAGGGCUUGACGCCGCGCCAGCGGGACGCGGCCGUCGCCAAGCGGCUCCGCCGCCGCGCCGCCGCGGACAUCCGCCUCACGUUCACGAACGCCGUGCUCUUCGGGGCAGGACAAGAGAGCGAAAUUCCAAACUUCAAAGCCUCAUAUCUCGGCCGUUUUCCACUCGUGCUCUUCAACGCGGACCCCAAGAACCCCUGCGCGUCCGCGGCGAAGAAGCUGCUGGCCCUCUUCGAGAAGUCGGCGCUCGCGCGGUCCGCGCGCGACCCGGACGCGGCGCCCGCGCCCGCGCCCGCGGCGGCGGCCGCGGCCAAGGGCCCCGCGCCGAAGCGGCCCCGCGACGACGACGACGACUACGACGACGACAGCGACGGCGACUGGGCGCCGGGGGGCAAGGCGCGCAAGAAGCGCGGCGCGGACCUGCCGGCGUUCUCCGCCGGGGGCAAGCACCCCGUCGAGAACGCGCUCCGCUUCGAGCAGCUCCUCUCGUCCAUCAGCCGCCAGGCCCACACCGCCGACGAGUACCGCCUCCGCUCCGAGCCCAAGGUCAAGCCCGUCGAGCCGGAGGUCAAGCCCGAGCCCAUGGACGUCGACGCGCCGCCGGCCGCCGCGCCGCCCGCGGCCGACGUCGCGGCCAACGGCUUCGCCGCCGCGCCGCCCGCCGCGCCGGCGCCGGCCGUCGCGCCGGCGCCGCCGCCCGCCGCGCCGGCGCCCGUCGCCGCGCCCGUCGUCGCGCCGGCGCCCGUCGUCGCCGGCACGGCGUCGCCGCCGCCGCUGCCCGCGCCCGCGGCGCCCGCGGCGACGCCGCCGGCCGCGGCCGCGGCGUCGCCGCCGCCGACGUCGGCCGACGGCCUCACGCCGCUGUCGCCGCCGCCCGAGGUCGACGACCGGCGCCUCUACUGGGGCCGCGCCGCCGUCGAGACGGACUACUACGAGCGCGAGCACUUUGCGCAUGUCGCCGACAAGCCCUACCUCGGCCGCGUCGCGAACGGCGUCUGGGAGAUCCGGCCGUCGCUCGCCAAGGUCGCCCUCGGCCACGUCCUCGGCACGCUCGUCCACAGUGGCCACGUCGUCGAGCUCGCCGACGGCGGCUUCGUCGCCGCGAACCUCUACCGCCGCGGCGUCGCCUUCGAGCGCAAGCGCGCGGGCGGCGCGAAGGACGCGCUCCCGGACGUCGAGCUCGAGCUCUCGGAGUACGAGAUCCAGCGGCGGGAGCGCAUGGCGCGCAACGAGGCCAUGCUCAAGAGUCUCGGCUUCUGA